AUGCCACCCAAGCGCAUGACCGCGAACCCGGUCAAGCCGGGACGCUACUUCCCCGGCAAGGCCGUCCCCCAAGAGGACUCAUCAGAUUCAGACGCGAGCGACGAUGAGAAGGCAGACGACGACACAACCAAAACCCGCGCGAUCCCGCCGCCGCCAAAGGCAUCGAGCGCCGCCAAGAUCGCCAGCAACCUCAGCAAAGUCAACCUCGACGAACGGAGGCGCGAGGCGCAGGAGAAGGAGAACCAGAGGAUAGCGCGCGAAAAGGCGGAGCGGCUCGCGGCGGAAGAGGGUUUCGUCACGGAAGAGGAAGACGAAGCCGACGAAGAGGGAGACGAAGAAGAAGAAGAGAGCUCCAGCGAGGAGGAAAGCAGCAGCGAAGAAGAAGCCCCCCGCAGACUCAUGAUCCGCCCCAAAUUCGUCCCAAAGAACCAGCGCAACGCCGCCAAGGGGGGACAGUCCUCCGCGCCAAAGGACGACGAGACGCGCCAAGCAGAAGAAGAAGCCCGCCGCAAAGCCGCCGCCGACGCCCUCGUCGAAGAACAAAUCGCAAAAGACCUCGCCGCCCGCGCCGCCGGCAAGAAGCACUGGGACGACGACGAGGCAUCGGGCUCCGACGUCGACACGACAGACGAUCUCGACCCGGAGGCCGAGAUUGCGGCCUGGCGCCUCCGCGAGCUCAAACGCGUGAAGCGCGAGCGCGACCGCAUUGCCGAGCAGGAGGCCGAGUACGCUGAGCGCGAGAGGCGUCAGAACUUGACGCAAGAGGAGCGCGACGCCGAGGACGCGGAUAAGAUUGCUGCGCAGCAGGACGAGAAGGACGCCAAGGGCAAGAUGUCGUAUUUGCAAAAGUACUACCACAAGGGCGCAUUUUACAGCGAGGAGGCGAAAGCGUACGGGCUUGAUAAGCGUGAUCUCAUGGGCAUGCGCAUCGCGGAUGAUGUCAAGGACCGGAGCGUGCUGCCGGAGUACCUCCAGAAGCGCGACAUGACGAAGCUGGGCAGGAAGGGCGGGACGAAGUACAAGGAUCUCAAGAGCGAGGAUACAGGCCGAUGGGGCGAGUUCGAUGACCGGCGUGGUGGCGGGGGUGGUGAUCGGAGGAGAGGCGGCUUCGACAGGCACGAUGUCGACGAGCGGUUCCGGCCGGAUAACGACCGCGAGGUCAACGGUGCCAACGCUAUUCCCUUGGGUGACCGCAAGGCGCCUCCAGGUGGUGGCAGAGGUGACCGCGACAGGUACCGCGACGAUGACCGGCGCGGGGGAGACAGGGACGACUACCGCCGUCGCCAUCGGUCACGCUCGAGGUCACCGCGCCGCGACUCGCGAGACGACUACAGGGACAGACGGAAGCGCAGCCCCUCCCGCGAGAGGGAACGCUACGACAGCGACAAGCGGAGGCGCGUGGACCCUAGAUAA